GAAGAAUAGACGGUCUUGCCGCCGGCUUCAUCGAAGGAGAAGGACACUAUCGCCGCGAAGAUGUUGCCGCCAAUGGGCUCCGGCUCCGGUGCGUCUUCCGUCCCUUCUUCGAGUUCUUCCUCUGCGGUGGCGGGUCCUUCUGCCGGUUCCGCGAACUGCUCGUCCCGAAACAGACAUAACAAGAUGGAGCACAAUUACACAUCCUCAAGUGCAGCCAGAAACAAAGCGCCGUCAUCUACCUCCUCGUCCUCCUCCGAUGCGCACGACAUCAACGAUGGCGCUCACGACCAUACCCGCGACCCUCUCCAGCCGCAGUUUCACCCGCCGUUGCAAAC